GCACAUGCGCAGUGUUGCUCCCUCGAACAGUCCUUUUUAUGCUUCGUGUGGAACGACUAGCGUCAAACGAGCGUCAAGAUGCAGCUCUUUCUGCGUGCCCAGAACACUCACACCCUUGAGGUAACUGGACAGGAGACUGUUGGCCAGAUCAAGGCCCACGUCCAGUCUCUGGAAGGACUCUCUGUUGAGGAUCAGGUCCUGCUGCUUGCUGGUUGCCCACUGGAGGAUGAAGCCUCUCUGGCGUCCUGCGGCGUGUCGGAGCAUUGUACCCUGGAGGUGGCUGGCAGGCUGCUUGGAGGUAAGGUGCACGGUUCACUGGCUCGUGCUGGAAAAGUGAGAGGACAGACUCCUAAAGUUGACAAGCAGGAGAAGAAGAAGAAGAAGACUGGCCGUGCUAAGCGUCGUAUCCAGUACAAUAGGCGCUUUGUGAACGUCGUACCCACCUUCGGAAAGAAGAAGGGACCCAACGCAAACUCCUAAGUGCUUCGAUGACCCAAAGGAGAAACGGCACCGCCUGUCAGUUUUUACCAAGUGAAAUGUUGUCCUGUACAGAAUAAAAAGUUUGACUUGGC